UCACAUGUCCAGAUCACCCGGAGAAACUGAUAACAGUGCUCUUCUCUCUGUUUCAGAUUCUUUUUCGGCUUGUUUUUAAAACUCUUCGCAUAUUUAUUUCAUGCUGACUCUCUUUCCUGUCGGAGUAAAGAUGAUGUUUUCAGGACGAGGAUCUAACAUGGAAACAGGAAGCCGGCUCGCUAUGCUUUCGUUACUUCUCUCUGCUGUGUUUUCUCCUUGUGUUUGUAUACCCGGUCCUAACGAGAUAAACCCGCUCCUGUAUGAGGAGCACCUGCUAUGGGUGAGCGGCACCCAGGGGGAGGUGAACACCUACAGGGUCCCGCUGCUCACCUCCACCCACAAAGGCACCCUGCUGGCUUUUGCUGAGGCCAGGAAGGCAUUCCAGGCUGACACGGGGUCAAAGUUCCUCGCAAUGCGGCGGUCCACUGACAAAGGAGCCAUCUGGUCCCCGAUUAAAUAUAUUGUGGAUGACGAUCAGUUGCAGGACGGCCUGAACCUGGGCUCGGUGGUGGUAGACCAUGAAGUGGGCUCGAUUUUUCUGAUCUACUCCGUUUGCUUCCAUGUCUGCAACCCGUCCAGCACCAUGAUGGUAAAGAGCACGGAUGACGGCCUCAGCUGGAGCCAACCCAGAAACCUCUCGGCGGAGCUCCCACUCAAGAAUUUCGCUCCCGGGCCGGGCCUCGGCAUCCAGAAGCGCUACAACCCAGCUAAAGGAAGGCUGGUGGUUUGCGGUCAUGGAACACUGGAGGGCGAUGGCGUUUUCUGCAUCCUGAGUGACGACCACGGACGCAGCUGGACCAAUGGUGCUGUGCUGAAAAGCAUCCCUUACAACAGGAAGAAGAAACCACAGGACUUCAACCCUGAUGAAUGCCAGCCGUUUGAGAUGCUGGAUGGGAGCAUCGUCAUCAAUGUCCGGAACCAGAACAACUACCAUUGUAGGUGUCGCAUAGUGAUGCGAAGCCUUGACGGCGGAUUAACCCUGCCCAUAGACGAACUGUACUUCGACUACGAGCUCGUGGAUCCUGCGGUGGCGGCCGGAGCCCUGCAGAAAGAGGGAGUGCUCUUCUUCACCAACCCCGCCAACGACCAGCACAGAAUUAAUCUAACUUUACGAUGGUCGCUGACUAAUGGCACAUCUUGGGAGAAGAACGCUGUCCAGAUAUGGGGGGGUCCAAGUGGUUACUCCUGCAUUACAACACUGGAUACGGGUUCCCCAGAGGACCGGAGGUACAUCUACGUCAUCUACGAGAAGGGGCACAAGGACUACGAUGAGACUAUCUCAUUCGCCAAGAUCCACCUGUAUGGCGGCAAUUAGAGCUCGUAAGUCAAAGAUUCAACCACUGGAGGUAAAAGGAAACAGGACGAGGUGGUUUUCUUCCUCAUCUUUCUCAGGAAGAACACAAGAGACUUUUAAAGAUCACUUUAUGAUCAAAGAUAUGGGAACGUAAUGAUGCUUGGCACCAUGAAAGCACAAGUUUUUGUGUCUGGCAUCUAAUUAAGCUUUUCAUUUUUCUCCUUGUUUUAUAUUCUCUGUCACACGUCUCACGUCCAUUAGUCUGAGAUAUGUACUUUUGCACAGCCAAAAUUUUUUUUUUUGCGAGUCCCCUGUUCCCUAGACAAAUGAAAAUAUAACAAGCAAGUUUUGGAUAAAUACACUAGUUUCCAAGCAACUUAAACCAUACUGUCAUGUAAAUAUCAUCUGUUUUGAAGCAGACAACCUCAACACCUCAUUUAUACAGUAAAUACAAUAUAUAUAUAUAUAUAUAUAUAUGUAUAUAUGUAUAUAUAUAUAUAUAUACAAUAAGUAUCACAUCACACUCUUCCAUACAGAUGAGUGACAGCGGUGUCUUUGGGGUCUCGCAGAAUGAAAUAUGACGUUAACACAACAUAGAUUUUUCGCUGGCAAAUCAUCCACCAAUAUAAUUCACCUCACCUCAUUGAACUGUAUACUUGCUGUGAAAUACUGUCAUUCCUAGUCGCUCAGAUAAGAUAAUGUUGUACAGAAGUGGCCUACAAGUGGCCUUAAUUGUGCAAUGAAUUUCACGCCGAUUGAAAAUGGCUCUGCCUCUGUAAAUCUAGAAUAUGUAUGUAAAAUAAUGUUGAUAGCCUUUUGUUAUGAGACCUGUACUUGAAUGUUCUCUCCUAUUUCCUAUUGGGUUUGAGUGGUUUGGGUUCGAGUGUGUGAUUGAAUGUGAGAGUGAAGAGGUAAGUGCAUAAUGUAGCCAAAGUAAUCUGCCUUGUACUUACACAGAGUGUAUUCUAAUACUUUGUAAUCAGUCUGAACUCCACUGUACUUAGAUUUGGAUAUUUAUUUUCAAAUCAAGUGUGAGUUUAAGCCCUGUAUUACCAGCACAGUACACUUGAUUACCUUUUUUUUCCUAACUGGGCUAUUAUCUGAUCUGUAAAAUAAAAAAAAUUGUUGCGAGCAGA